AUGACUCCAUCAUCAGACCACUUCACAACAUCAGGGACUGACUGCCCACAGCGGGUUCACGAGGACCCAUCCCUGCCACGGCUUACCCUCCCAACAGACACCAGUGGGCCCACAGGCCCUGGACGCUGCACACCAGGUGAUCAAAGGCAAUCUGGCCCAGAGGACACGUUCUAUCUUGUGUCUCGCAGAGUAUUUCACAACAAUAAACCAGAUGUGGUGCUGGAGUGCAUGGGGAGCCAGUGGGAGUUUCAGUGUCCUCACUUCACCAAGUCAGGCACCCUAGCCAACCUCCACAUGGCUGCUAGGCAACAGAGGGUCAAACUACAGCAGGAGAGGACAGGCAGCAACAGGAGUGCCAGAAACAGGCCCCUUAGCCAGCCCAGCAUCAGUGGCUUGAGCAGGGACCAACAGAAAGGGGGGAAACUCCCUGGCUCUCUCCCCCUCCGGCUGGCUGUCAAACACCACACAGUCACCAAAGAUGCUCUGUCCGUCGCUCCCAGGGCGCUGUACGGCCCUGAGGGGUGCCUGGAUGGCUGGGAGGAGACACUGGUCUCUGUUGCCUCCCUGCUGGGCCUGCCACAGCUCUUCAAGAGGUGUCUGACGGAGAUGAUUGAUAAGAUCAGCUGCUCCACUGUGUGUGACCUCCAUCAUGUGUCCUGCAGGUACAAGGAGAGGAGUCUUCAGAGAGCAUGUGAGCGCUGGUUAGAGCUCCACCUGGUGACAGAACUUAGUUGUUUCACCAUCUUGAGAGACUUGCCCUUUGAGGUCCUCCACAAGACCCUGUGCUCCCCCAGGCUGUUUGCAGGCUGCGAGUACGACCUACUGAAGACAGUGCUCUACUGGGUGUUCCUGCAGUUCAACCCUGACGCCCAGAUCAUGCCCUCCCAUAGGACCAUCAUCAGCUUCUUCUCCAGAACUGGUGUGUUCCUGGAGCAGCCAAAAGGACACAAGUUCAUUGUUCUGUUCCAGGCAGUGCGUUUGCAUGGCAUCACGGAACGACGGCAUCUCGAGGAGUUGCAGAUGAUCAGUGUGUUUCCUCAGGCCUGGCUUCUGAGCAUGUUCUCCAAACACUACGACACGCUUCACAGUGGAGGGGACAUGCAUGUGACAGACUUCUCCCAUCAGGCAGUGCGGUUCGGGAUGGUUGUUGAGAAGGAACCCCAGUACUGCACGCAGGUCAUCGAGCUGUAUGGAUUCUACUUCCUGCUUAAAGCAGCCUGUAGUGUGGACACGGACACACAUGGGUUCUCUCUGCAGAGGCUGAGACACUCGGAACCAGCCAUGUCUGUACAAGCAUGCGAGCGACAUCCAGUUUCAGCAUUUCAGUAUGAUGUCAGUACGCUUGGUGACCUAUCAGAUCAAUGUCCAGGCUAA